AAAAUACAUUGAAUACAUUGUGUAUUGAGUGCUGGUCGUUUUAGAAGGUGUGUGUUGCCAUUUUGUGACGCACCUCGUGGUUGAAAUUUUGUAAACAAACUUCCCUUGUAAUUAUUAAAUAACUAAAUAAAAAAAGACAAUGUCGAAACGACGGAUUGAAGUUUUGGACCCUUUUAUCAAGAAAAAGCGAGAGGAAGCUAAACUAGACAUGGCAGGUUCAUCAGCGUCAUCUUCAACCGGUGGAACAGCAGUAGGCGCGUCAACUGGAGCGAACAAAUCAUUGUGCCCACCUUCAGGGCCAGGACAGAUUAAUCCUUACACAAAGUUACCUUUCACACCGCGGUACUAUGAAUUUUAUAAGAAACGGAUCACAUUGCCGGUAUUCGAGUACAGAGCUGACUUUAUGCGUCUGUUGAGUGAGUACCAGUGCAUCGUCCUGGUCGGUGAGACCGGGUCUGGUAAAACCACUCAGAUACCCCAGUGGUGCGUUGAGUAUUCUACUCAGACUGGGACAAAGGGUGUUGCUUGUACUCAGCCUCGUCGAGUAGCAGCAAUGAGCGUGGCCCAGCGAGUCUCAGAAGAGAUGGACGUAACAUUGGGAGAGCAAGUGGGGUACAGCAUCCGUUUCGAGGACUGCAGCUCGCCUUACACAGUCCUGAAAUACAUGACAGAUGGUAUGCUUCUGCGAGAAGGAAUGUCGGACCCGAUGCUGGAGGCUUACCAAGUGAUCCUGCUGGAUGAAGCCCACGAGCGGACACUGGCGACCGACUUGCUGAUGGGAGUCCUGAAAGAAGUGACCAAGCAGCGGUCUGACUUGAAGCUUGUGAUCAUGAGUGCCACCCUGGACGCUGGAAAAUUCCAGCAGUACUUCGACAACGCUCCGCUGAUGAAUGUUCCGGGUCGUACCCACCCGGUCGAAAUAUUCUACACCCCGGAACCCGAGCGGGACUACCUUGAGGCCGCAAUCCGUACUGUCAUCCAGAUCCACAUGUGCGAGGAAGUCCCCGGGGACUUGUUGCUCUUCUUGACAGGUCAGGAAGAAAUUGAGGAAGCCUGCAAGCGGAUAAAACGCGAGAUGGACAACCUUGGUCCGGAUGUCGGGGAACUCAAGUGCAUCCCGCUGUACUCAACUCUGCCUCCAAACUUGCAGCAGAGGAUCUUCGAACCGGCUCCUCCGAACAAACCCAACGGCGCCAUUGGACGCAAGGUCGUUGUCUCGACUAAUAUUGCCGAGACUUCUUUGACUAUUGAUGGUGUGGUGUUUGUCAUUGAUCCUGGGUUCGCUAAGCAGAAAGUUUACAAUCCAAGGAUUAGGGUUGAGUCCCUUCUUGUGUCUCCUAUCAGCAAAGCUUCGGCUCAACAAAGAGCUGGACGAGCUGGAAGAACUAGACCCGGUAAAUGCUUCAGAUUAUACACAGAAAGAGCGUACAAAAAUGAGAUGCAAGAGAAUACUUAUCCAGAAAUCUUAAGAUCUAAUUUGGGAAGCGUUGUGCUGCAGUUGAAAAAAUUGGGAAUAGAUGAUUUGGUCCACUUUGAUUUUAUGGACCCUCCAGCACCUGAAACUCUUAUGCGAGCUUUGGAGUUGUUGAAUUAUUUGGCGGCCUUGGAUGAUGACGGAAAUUUGACGGACUUGGGGGCUAUUAUGGCGGAAUUUCCUUUGGACCCUCAACUUGCUAAGAUGUUAAUUGCUUCUUGCAAUCAUAAUUGUAGCAAUGAAAUUCUCAGUAUCACUGCUAUGUUGUCAGUCCCACAGUGUUUUGUAAGACCAAAUGAAGCUAAAAAGGCUGCUGAUGAUGCAAAGAUGAAAUUCGCUCAUAUUGAUGGGGACCAUUUGACAUUAUUAAAUGUGUAUCAUGCUUUUAAACAAAGUAUGGAAGAUCCACAGUGGUGUUAUGAUCACUUUGUGAAUUACCGAUCACUAAAAAGCGGAGACAAUGUUCGACAACAGUUGAGUAGAAUUAUGGACCGAUUUUCGUUGAAGAGAACAUCUACUGAUUUUACAUCUAAAGAUUAUUACAUUAAUAUUAGAAAAGCACUUGUUGAUGGAUUCUUCAUGCAGGUUGCACAUUUAGAAAGAACAGGACAUUAUUUAACAAUUAAAGACAAUCAAAUGGUACAAUUACAUCCUAGUAGUUGUUUGGAUCAUAAACCAGAAUGGGUUAUUUAUAAUGAAUUUGUUUUAACGACUAAAAAUUAUAUAAGAACUGUUACAGAUAUUAAACCUGAAUGGUUAUUAAAAAUAGCACCGCAGUACUACGACCUCCAAAAUUUCCCUCAAUGUGAAGCAAAACGACAAUUAGAAGUAAUACAAGCAAGAUUAGAAUCUAAACAGUACCAAGAAGGUUUCUAAAUAUUAUAUUUUUAAAUAAUUAGUUCAUUUGGAUAAUUUAAGGACUAAGAAAAAAAUAUAUUUUAAUUGUCAUGUUCAGUUAAAUAAGACAAAAUCACCGAUCACCUAUAAAUAUAAUUAAUAUUAUACAUAUUAU